AUGGGUGAGGAAGACUGCACCUCUGUGGCAGAAUUUGUUCUUCUUGGCUUUUCUGAUGUCCCUGAGCUGGCAUUCUUUCUCUUCCUAGUGUUUCUUCUCAUUUAUGGAGUGACAGUCAUAGCAAACCUGGGCAUGACCAUAUUGAUUAAGGUCAGCUCCCAACUUCACAUGCCUAUGUACUUUUUCCUCAGCCACCUGUCUUUUGUAGAUUUCUGCUACUCCUCUGUCAUUGUGCCAAAAGUGUUCAUUGAUAUCAUUAACAAGGAAAAUGUUAUUUCUUACCGGGGAUGCAUGGUACAAUUUUAUUUGUUUUGCGCUUUUGCUAUCACUGAGGUUUUCCUAUUGGCUGUAAUGGCCUAUGACCGCUUUGUGGCCAUUUGUAACCCACUACUAUACAUGGCCAUCAUGUCCCCAAAGCUCCGUGCAGUACUGGUGUCUUGUUGCUACCUCUAUGGGUCAGUGUGCUCUCUGAUUCACUUGUGCUUAGCCCUUGAGAUCUCAUCAUUUAAUUCAAAUGUGAUGAACCACUUCUUUCGUGAUCUGCCUCCUCUCUUACGUCUUGCUUGCUCUGACAUUACCAAGAAUGAGUUAAUCUUGUUCAUCAUUGUCAAUUUCAAUGAGAUUCUCACUAUUGUAAUCAUCUUCACCUCCUGCUUGUUUAUCCUUGUCACCAUCCUGAGGAUGCGCUCUGCAGAGGGGAGACGCAAAGCCUUUUCCACCUGUGCCUCCCAUCUCACAGUCAUCAUUGUGUUCCACGGGACGAUCCUUUUUAUUUAUUGUCAGCCCAACUCUGGCAAUAGUCUAGAUGUUGAUAAAGUGACUACAGCUUUCUACACUGUGGUCAUUCCCAUGAUGAACCCCCUGAUCUACAGUCUGAGGAAUAAGGAUGUGAAGGAGGCUCUUAGAAAAGUUUUAGGUUCCAUAAAGAAUUAUUUACUAGAUUUUUUAAAAAGCAAAACUUAG